GCCGCCGCCAACGCCACCCGGUCUGGAGCGCUGACAUUACUGCACUCGCCGGGCGCACGGCGGCGGGGAGCCGGGCCUUUAUUUCUCAUCGGCUGCGCUCCGCAGCGCGCUUCGCAAAGCCAAACACCAGAGCACCCUAGAAGGUUUAACGAAAAGAAUGCUCAUGUUUGACCCAGUCCCUGUCAAGCAAGAGGCCAUGGACCCUGUCUCGGUGGCCUACCCAUCAAAUUACAUGGAGUCCAUGAAGCCCAACAAGUAUGGAGUCAUUUACUCCACACCAUUACCUGACAAGUUCUUUCAGACCUCCGAAGGCCUGUCCCACGGGAUCCAGAUGGAGCCGGUGGACCUCACGGUGAAUAAGCGGGGUUCGCCACCCUCGGCUGGGAGCUCUCCCUCAUCACUGAAGUUCCCGUCCUCACACCGGAGAGCGUCUCCUGGAUUGAGCAUGUCUUCUAGCCCGUCCAUCAAGAAGUUCUCACCCCCUUCCCCGGGCGUGCAGCCCUUCGGAGUGCCACUUUCCAUGCCCCCCGUGAUGGCAGCUGCCCUCUCACGGCACGGAAUCCGGAGCCCGGGCAUCCUGCCCGUCAUCCAGCCCGUGGUGGUGCAGCCUGUCCCAUUUAUGUACACCAGCCACCUCCAGCAGCCACUCAUGGUGUCCUUGUCGGAAGAGAUGGAAAAUUCAAAUAGUAGCAUGCAAGUACCUGUAAUUGAAUCGUAUGAGAAGCCCAUAUUACAGAAAAAAAUUAAAAUAGAACCUGGGAUCGAACCACAGAGGACAGAGUAUUAUCCUGAAGAAAUGUCACCCCCUUUAAUGAGCUCAGUGUCCCCCCCGCAAGCAUUGUUGCAAGAGAAUCAUCCUUCAGUCAUAGUGCAGCCUGGGAAGAGACCUUUACCUGUGGAAUCCCCAGAUACCCAAAGGAAGCGGAGGAUACACAGAUGUGAUUAUGACGGAUGCAACAAAGUGUACACUAAAAGCUCCCACUUGAAGGCACACAGAAGAACACAUACAGGAGAAAAACCCUACAAGUGUACCUGGGAAGGGUGCACAUGGAAGUUUGCUCGGUCUGAUGAACUCACAAGACAUUUCCGAAAACACACUGGAAUCAAACCUUUCCAGUGUCCAGACUGUGACCGCAGCUUCUCCCGGUCCGACCAUCUUGCCCUACAUAGGAAACGCCACAUGCUAGUCUGAACGCCUCCGUCUCCCACCUCAGUGCGACUCCCCACUCUCCUGGCUCUCUCUCUCCUCCCUCCCGUGAUCUAACUCAUUUUUUACAUGUACAUUUUAAUUUUGAUUCAGCUGGUCUGGAUCUCUGAAUUUCUACCAUAUAAAACUUCCAUAUGGUCAGUAGUAAAUGUCCUCUAAUCUUCCCUCUCCUUACCACGGGUCAGACCUAAAGAAUGUGAACGCUUUUUUUUUUUUCCGGGGAUGCUAAGCAAACCCUUCUUACAGAUACGUUUAAUGUAAUGAGAACAAGGGAACAUGUAAACUAACAUAACCAAUUAUCCGUUUCUCCGUGUAUUCCUCAAAAGAAUGUCAAAGUAAAUGUAUCAGAAAUACAGUAUACAGCCUGCAGUCCUUGCCAGAGACAUUCGUACCUCUGUGCCCCAUAAAGGUGUCCUAUCAACCGUUAGCAAGACGUGCAACAAGUUGUCAAGCUACCAGUCAACUCUGCCAUUGCCCUUCACACAUCUUGCUUGUCAACCUGGAUCAUCACCUCAUCUAGAUCAAGUUCCUAGCCCUCAUUGGUGUCUGGAGCAUAUAUGGAGGGCACUGUCAGCACUGAGAGAGGUGAGCCAGAGCUGCUGGAAUAGGAGGAUGACGCGUAGCGGUUCACGGGGUGGACACUGCUUCCGUAGCAUGGCGCAGAAGCAGAGGGCAUUGAGCCCUUCCUCAGUGGGAACAGCUGGUGGGUGAUACCUCCUGGCUAGGGGUCAUCAGUGGGCAUCACCCACUGUGCCAUGCAUUUGUAGCGUGUCAGUCUCCGUGCGUGCUCAGCUGUGCAGAACAUCCAAUGCCAGAUACGGAUGGGAGUGCCUGCAGCCACUCCUACAGUGUCCUGAGUGUGGAUCGUCCAGCAUUGGCAGUAAGGAAUCCACAGAAGUAUUUCCCAGUAAGAGUAAAAAAAAAAAAAAUGUCUUUGGGUCAGGGUGUGGAUGGUCUUUCUUUUACCCAAGCUGCUUAUAGCUCUUUUGCAAACAGGGAAACAUUGAGUGGUACUUGUUAUUCCUAUAUCAAGUUAAUCACAUAGCUAUUGUGUGUAAGAGCUGUAAGGUGCCAAAUUGGCUGUCAUUUGUGUGCAUGGCACAUACAUAAAGAAGCAUCUGCUAAGCUUUCAGGAAAUUCAGUUAAGCCUGAGUUACACUAUUUGUAAAUAUAACUAAAGUGAAGCACAUAUAUCUUUAUUUUGGGGACAGAUUUUUGAAGAAAUAGAAGAAAACCACAGUUCAGGGAUUUAUAUCUGUAGCUUGAAAAUUCCCAAAAGUUUACUGCCAGAGCUGGCAAAUUUCCUGUCACUAUCAAGUGUCCUGUCAGAACAAACUGAAAAUAAUGACUCGUGUUUAUUUUGAAGACUAAUUCCAUCAUUAUUGGAGGAUGUUUUUCAAAAGCAGGCUUUUGAGCACCAUAGUCUAAAUGUCAAUUAAAAUAAUUCACACAUAGAAUGAAAGGAGACAACAGUGAUCAAAUGUGGCUGCACAUAACCAAAGGCUCCUUCGUCCCUCACGAAGGAUUGAGGAGGAGAGAGAAGGGGAUCCUGAAGGUUGCUCAUCCCAGCCAUAACUCUGGAUCCAACACAGCCUGAACUGGGGGAAUACUGGCUUUUAAAUCAUUGGUGGCUGAGAAUUGUGGGGGGCUUGUUUUGAGGGCACUAUGUUAAGAGGUAAUGUUGGGACUGCACAGGUACCUGAGGGGUCCCACUCAGCCCUGUGAACCAGCUGAAAGAAGUCUAGGUAAAAAAAAUGCAAAGAAAUAUUAUCUUGGCACUUGGGUUUCUUUUCUUACCUUUUUUAGCACUGCAGUUUUUGUUUAGAAUAUUAAAACAUGCUAAAUGGGCUGUUUUCCUUUUUGCUACUCUGACAUGAAUUGAAUAGAAAUGGCUCUUGAAAAAGCGUGUGUCAUCUAUAUUGUCAAUGUUUACUCACAUUUGUACGGCGUGCUCAUAUCCUGAAAUGGUUCUUCCACGACACUGAAGAGUCACGUUGGAGUGCAAGGCAUUUUUUGUUUUGUUUUAGUGGAGAUAACCAGUUUGUGUUCAACCCACAUAGAAGGGUAAAGGGAGCAAGAAAAAUAGAAUUGAUCUUUGAGUCAGCUUUGCAUCUGAGUGUACUUAGUAGAAAGCGUCGUGGGCUCUCAUGAAAUUCACUCUGGCAUAUUUAAGUUUUGUUCAGAAGAUUGUAUUCCAUCACUAUUCAUCUUGCUCAGAUCAUUAAUAAGAUCCAUUGCAACUGAAAGAACAACCCAGAGGCCAUUCUCUGUUCCCAUGCUGGUCUGAUAUUGUUUAGUUACUAAUUGGCCCUUAUCAAAUUUUCCUUUUAUAUAUAAAUAUAUAUAUACAUAUUUGUAUUUUACUAUGCUAGUGGAGACAUUCAGUCUUAGUCAUGUUUAGCUGUUAUUGUGGAAGGCCUCAGAUACACAAUACGAUGCCCUUAAAAACACGGUUUUAAUGUGUGCCGUGUUAGUAUCGAUGGUGGUUUAAUUACAGUAUUUUAAAUUGACAAGAAUGGUUUGUAAACACAAAGUUGGUGUCACGUGAAUUGUGUCUUAUAGAGUUGUUCAGUUACUGCUCAAGCGUCAUCUUGGGGAAGUCAUAAGAAUUAAAUCUGAAUCCAUUAGUUUGGAAAUGUGGAUCCACCUCACAAACAGGCACUAACCUUCUAAAUUGCUUGGUUUGGAGAAUGUGUUUGCAGCAUAGCUACGUUCAAAUAAGGAUAUGCGAUGGGCGCAGAAGUUUCACGAGCCUUGGGACAGAAACACAGGGGAACUAUGUAUGUACAGUAUGUUUUGUUAAACACCCAUCUGCACUGUCAGUAUUGCACUAACGUGGAACUUGAGAGGUUAUUAUGCUGAUGCUGUGUAUGUACACAUCAUUUCUGAUUCGAUUAUUCCAGAGACAAUCUCAAAGAUCUAAGGUUUGAAGAUAUACAGUUGUCUUGAAGGAAUUGCUGUCGUACAUGAAGUCACUCAGUUGUCUUUCUUCUCUUCUUGGUCAAGGUUAACGAUUUCUAAAUGAUUGCAAAUUCACUUAAGUAAUACAUUUACAAAGCCAUCUUACAUGCAUUAAGCGAGGGCUACAACAUGUUUUACAAAUACUAGCACUUUUUUUUUCCUUGUUAUGUACUUAGUGUUAGAGGGUCAAAAUAAUCUUUCUGCUUAGCAUCUCUUAAAACCAUACCUGCAGGUAGAGCAGGAUUAUUACAUUUACAGUACUUUAAUACUUGUAUAAACUAUGCAGAAAUUUUUAAUAAAGUGUAAUAUAUUUUAUAAGCUAAUAAGACUGAAUGGGUAAAGGUUUUUAGCAUGCAUUAGUAUACUUGCAAAUGCUGAUACAUUUUGGUAAUCUUUCUUACUAAAGAUGUGAAUGUUUAACGUACCUUCUCUGUUUCUACUCUGUAGUCCAAUGGGAAUUCAGUAAUGACAUUUUGUCAUGUCCAACUGUGAACAUAAAUUUGUACUGUACAGUCCUCAUAUACUAUAUACAGUAUGCAAUAUAUGUAUUAUAUACUUGUUAAUAAAACCAUCGGAAUAUUAGGUGUGAUCAGUGAUUUCUAUAUAGGCAAUGAUCACUAGGAGCAAAACCUCAAGAGCCUGCUUACACAUUUCAAAGUAAGUCAGUCUGAUAGGCAGUCACUCAAUGAAGAGAAAGCAAAAUAGAUCUAACUGGAAGGUGCACUGGAGGAGUUAACUCAGCCGGAAGGCCAGGACACUGGGUUUCUGCUAACCUCCAGUGGGAAGUCAUCUAAGCUGAAGCCAGCCCCAUCCCCCCUGAGCCUUCAAACGCUUUCUAC